AUGUCUUCCUCUCUCAUUUUCAAGCUGGUUAUCUUCAUCAGCUUCUCGGGUAGCCUGCUCGCUUCUAGCCUCGAUUCUUCCGACAACGAUGGCCGAAAGGUUUAUAUUGUGUACUUGGGGAACAAGCCUGAGGAUUCAGCUUCCACUCCUUCACAUCAUAUGAGAAUGUUGGAGGAAGUGGUUGGCAGCACAUUCGCUCCCGACGCGCUACUCCAUAGCUACAAGAGAAGUUUCAAUGGAUUCGUCGUGAAGCUCACUGAAGAAGAAGCUCAAAAGAUUUCGGCUAAGGAGGGUGUUGUCUCAGUGUUUCCAAAUGGAAAGAAACAUCUUCACACGACAAGAUCGUGGGAUUUCAUGGGUUUUACUAAAAACGUUCGUCGCGUAAAACAAGUCGAAAGCAACAUAGUCGUCGGAGUUUUGGACAGUGGAAUUUGGCCAGAGUCUCCUAGCUUCAGCGACGUUGGUUAUGGUCUUCCACCAGCCAAAUGGAAGGGCGCUUGCCAAACCUCUGCCAACUUUCGCUGCAACAGAAAAAUCGUUGGAGCUCGAGCAUACCGUAGCGACAAGUCGUUCCCUCCAGAAGACAUCAAAAGUCCAAGAGAUUCAGAUGGUCAUGGGACACACACUGCAUCGACCGUGGCCGGUGGUCUCGUGAACCAAGCAAGUUUAUAUGGUCUUGCGCUUGGCACAGCUAGAGGAGGGGUCCCGUCUGCGCGCAUUGCUGUGUAUAAGAUAUGUUGGUCCGAUGGGUGCUACGAUGCCGAUAUUCUUGCAGCAUUCGACGACGCAAUUGCGGACGGUGUCGAUAUCAUAUCGCUAUCGGUUGGGGGGAACAAGCCCAAGUAUUACUUCAAUGAUUCAAUUGCCAUUGGAGCUUUCCACUCCAUGAAGCAUGGGAUAUUGACAUCCAACUCCGCCGGGAACGACGGCCCUGACUACUUCACCAUCAGGAAUUUCUCUCCAUGGUCUCUUUCUGUGGCUGCAAGCUCCAUUGAUAGAAAGUUGGUAUCAAAAGUGCAGCUUGGCAACAAAAAUGUCUAUCAGGGAUAUACCAUUAACACGUUUGAUCUUAAAGGAAAACAAUAUCCGCUAAUUUAUGCUGGAAAUGCACCCAAUGUUUCUGGUGGCUUUACUGGCUCGAGCUCGAGAUUUUGUUCGAGAAACUCGGUGGAUCGCAACUUGGUGAGGGGAAAAAUCCUUCUUUGUGAUUCCAUAUUGUCUCCUUCAACAUUUGCUUCCUUCAGUGGUGCGGUCGGCGUUGUUAUGAAUGACGCUGGCGUGAAAGACAAUGCAAGAUCCUAUCCCUUACCUUCUUCCUACCUCGGUCCGGUGGCCGGUAACAACAUCAAAACCUACAUGGGUUCAAACAAAUUUCCAACAGCAACCAUUUUCAAGAGUAACACAGUGAACGAUACAUCUGCUCCUUUAAUAGUUUCCUUUUCCUCCCGAGGACCCAAUCCCGAAACCUACGACAUUCUCAAGCCUGAUUUGACUGCCCCAGGAGUCGAAAUUCUCGCAGCUUGGUCACCCAUUGCGUCGGUCUCUAGCGGAGUUAGAGAUUCGAGGACGACGCUCUACAAUAUAAUUUCAGGGACGUCGAUGUCAUGCCCACAUGCUACUGCAGCUGCUGUGUAUGUCAAAACAUUCCACCCUUCAUGGUCUCCUGCCGCCAUCAAAUCAGCUCUCAUGACAACAGCUAUUCCGUUGAACCCGAAGCUGAACCCACAAGCCGAGUUCGCGUACGGCGCAGGCCACAUCAACCCAGUGAAAGCAGUGAACCCAGGGUUGGUGUACGACGCACAGGAAAGCGACUACGUUAGGUUCUUGUGUGGUCAAGGGUACACCACCGCCAUGGUCCGCCGUCUCUCCGGCGACCACAGCGUCUGCACUCGCGCCAACUCCGGCCGAGUUUGGGACCUCAACUACCCUUCCUUCGCACUUUCUUCCACCCCAUCAGAAUCCAUCAACCAAUUCUUCAGAAGAACCGUCACAAACGUUGGGUCAAAGGUAGCCACAUACAGAGCCAAGGUCCUUGGCGUCCCGCGUGGCCUGACCAUCUCAGUCAACCCUCCGGUUCUUUCCUUCAACGCCAUUGGCCAGAAGAAGUCCUUCACCGUGACGGUUCGUGGCGGUGUCAACCAACCCAUUGUCUCUGCUGCUCUGUUGUGGACCGAUGGGCAUCACCAUGUGAGAAGCCCCAUCACCGUAUAUGUUGUGGAUAAAGCUUAA